AUGUCGAAUGGAACACCAUCAAGGAAACGCCGUGCCAGGGAUCUUGUUGAUUUAACUUUUUUGAGUCUAUCUCGCCGAAUUCAAGCAGAAGGUCUGGUCGAUCGUUCUCACGUCUAUCCAACGUAUGUACUUCUGUUUUUUUUCUUGGCAUUUAGGUUCUUCUGAAGCGGUUUUCGGCGUAAAUUCACGAGAAGUAGUUUUUUCUAGGGAAUGAGGUGGAGAACAUUGAAUUUUUAACGGAUUUUCUUCUAAAGCAUAAUGUUUUCUGAAUGAUAUGGUUGUCUUGCUCUGUCGCAGGUUUACAAAGUUUUUCUGGCUUUUAGAAGGUCGGCGUCACCUCAGUUUAUCCGUCCGACAGCAGCGAAUAUCCCCAAAACUAGUGCUCGUCGAAAUCAAAAUGCUGAACUCAAUUCCGCCCAUGGAACUCCGACUACGCCCAGAGCACGAAGAUCCAACGGUAAUGCCUCUACUUCAAAGGCCAAACUCGUGGCACCUUCUUUACGAAUCGUUCAGAAUGAAGAUUCCGAGUGAGUACCUAAUGUAAUAUAAAAAUUUUGUGUUUAGGAGCUCCGAGGAGGAAAGUCCGCCUCCAUCAACCUCGAAGGCAAAGGCUAAGCCAAAAGUAAAGAGCAAAAGCAAUGAAGAGGAGCUUUCUCCAUCUAAAAAACUUGAAAAUUGGAAUCAUGAGACUAUGAGUAAUGUAAGUUUUCUAAAAAAUUUUAUGGUUCCGGCUUUAGGAGGACAAGCAAUUCAUUGAGCGGGUAAAGAAGCUAAAAGCUGCUGGCCGAUGGUCGAGUUCUAAAGCAAUCUCACCCCCGGAAGAGCCGGAUCGAGCCAAAACACAUUGGGAUUUCCUCCUGGAAGAGGUGAAAUGGAUGUAUUUGGACUUCAAAAAUGAACGACACAUCCAUCAACUGUAUACGAAGAAGAUCUCAACGGCUGUGUUGAAGUAUCACAAAGAUCUUAAUAAGAAUUUGUACGAUGAAAAUGACGAACGGGCUAAGAAGGAGCGAGAAAAGGAGGCCAAAAAAGUGUGUUCGACGAUUGCGAAGAUGGUCAGGGAGUUUUGGCAAAAGGCCGAAACAGUCGUUGAUUUUGGGCAAAAGGUUGGUGAAUGUUUUUUUAUUUAUUUCUUUGGAGUUUAGGUGAAGGUGUCCAAAAGUAUUUCUUUUGCCAAUGAAAUACGAAGUAAUGCGCCAAAAUUUACAAAGAUUGGAUUUUUGGGGUAUCUAUGGUCCCUAUUUUGCGGCGUGCAACUUUAGGAAAACUGAUUCUAAAAGGCUUCUUGUUUAUACCUGAAAAUACCCUUUGGAUACUGUAUUUUUGAUUACCGAACAAUUUAUUUAUUAGGAAAUGGACGAGGCCAAGAAACGCGAAGCUUUGGACAAACACCUCAAUCUUCUUGUUGAUGAAGCCGAUCUCCUCUCCAAAUCGAUCAAUGUUGAAAGCGAUUUCGAGAACGAAGCCGAUGAAAACGACGCCGGAGCCGGCCUCAACAAAUUGGCCGAGCUGAAAGCCCUCAAAAGCGACGCCAAUAUUCAUCUUGACGAUAUUUUAUCUCAUCUCCCGGAAGGAUAUUUGGAAAGUUAUCACACAAGCAAAAGGUUGAACGGAACAGAGAAAAUUGUGGAGGAACCUAUGACGAAUGGUGUGAAAAGCAAAGAGGAAUCUGCAGAGCCGAUGGAAAUCAGUCGGGAGGCUCGGAAAUUGGAGGUAAAUGGAGAAGAAGAGGUCGUGGAGAAGGACAGUUCGGCCACACAGACCCCGGAUAUCCCCAUGGAAGUGGAUGAGAAGGCCAAAAAAGAUCGCUCGGAUGCGUUGGACCAGAUUGCAGCAGAAGCGGAACAGUUCCAACCCAAGGGAAACACCUUGGCCACUGCGGAGGUAUGUUGGUUUAGAUUUUUUUUUUCUUGAAUUUUAGGAAGAUGGUGGGAGGAAAUGGCUCUUCGGAGGUUGACGGCAGAUAGGAAGGAUGUUAUUAAAGGAUUUUUUGAUUAAUUCUUGUGGUUUGUGGGGCAAAAUUGGCAGUGGAAAAUUCAAAGCCCACUUUUUUGGGUCUCUGUCCGAUUUUUUGAUACAUCGGAUAAAAUUCCCCCCUUUUUUUAUAAUUUUGUGGCCUAGUUUGUUUGAGCAGAUACUUCUCUUGCUUACUCGCCCAUUUUGUUGCAGGUGACCAUCCAACAUCCGGUCCUAAUCGACGGGCAUUUGAGAGAAUACCAACUCGUCGGUUUGCAAUGGCUUUUCUCGCUCUACGAAAAGAAUUUGAACGGCAUCCUGGCGGACGAAAUGGGCCUCGGCAAGACGAUCCAAACGAUUGCACUUUUCGCUCAUCUCGCCGCCGAACAUUCAGUUUGGGGGCCGCAUUUGAUCGUAGUCCCAACAUCGGUAAUACUCAACUGGGAAAUGGAAUUUAAAAAAUGGUGUCCGAGCGUGAAGGUCCUAACGUACUUUGGAUCGGCGAAGGAAAGAGCGGAGAAGCGAAAGGUAAGGAAUGUUUGGGGUUGAGGAUUUAAUUGAGUUAUAUAAGCAUGGUUAUAUUAGACUAGGUAUGGGUAAUAUAAUUUUUGCUAGAAUUGGAUUGGAAACGAAUUUUUUGUCAUGGAAAUGUUCCUAGCUGACUAGAUAGGUCAAAUAAUGUGUCUUACAGUCUAAAGAUGACCAGAGCAACCUAAAAACAAAGGGUUAUUUAUCCAUCGACUGAUGUUUUUCUGAAUUUUUUGAUAUUCCACUUGUUUUCAGGGUUGGAUGGCCAACAAGUCCUUUGACGUCUGCAUCACCUCCUACAAGCUCUACACCCAAGAUGUCCGAUGUUUCAAGCGAAAACAGUGGCAAUACCUUGUACUGGAUGAAGCACAACACAUAAAGAAUUUCGAAAGUCAACGAUGGCAGUCCUUGAUCAAUUUGCGGACGAGAAGAAGACUUCUUCUGACCGGAACUCCCCUCCAAAACAAUUUGUUGGAACUGUGGUCACUUCUGCACUUCCUGAUGCCAAGGGUUUUCACUUCGAGAGACGACUUUAAGGUUAGUUUUGAAGAUGUUCGGGGUUGUUUAGCGGAUUUGAAUACGUUUGGUUUUAUAGAAUUUACAGAGUGGAUUUAUGCGGGAUUUGACCAAAAAAGCUAAUUUUUGCUCUUAUUUUCCAUCUGAAAGUCUAUUUUUGAUCAAACCCCGCCUAUAAGAUUUACUAUCCUUUUCUUAAAAAAAGAUUUCUCUCUCAAAGUCAGCCAAGUGGAUCUAAUCACCGAAAAAACUGAAAAAAAACAAAAGAAAAAUAUUACAAUGGAGGACCUGAUACAGUGGCAAAAAACGUACCAUUUGGCCUCCGGGAAAUAUCAAAAAAUGUGGCAAAAUACCUCCCUCUCCAAGUGAAAAACUCCGAUUUCAAAAGCUCACCCGCUAUUUUUGUGAGGGAAAGGGCGCGGCCUUUGAAACGGAGUUUUUUUUGUUGGAGAGGGAGGCAUUUUGCUACAUUUUUGAUACUUCCCGGAUGCAAAAUGGCACGUUUUUUGCCACUGGAUCAGGUCCGCCACUGUAAUAUUUUUUGCCUUUUUUGAAUUUUUUCGGUGAUUAGAUCCACUUGGCUGACUUUGAGCCAGGAAAUUUUUUCUUUAAGAAAAGGAUAGUAAAUAUUAUAGGCGGGGUUUGAUCAAAAAUGGAUUUUCAGGCGGAAAAUAGGAGCGAAAUUAGUUUUUUUUAAACUCGUAGUCGACCGAACGGAUUUAAUCACCGAAAAAAUUGAAAAAAAGCAAAAAAAUUAGUCGGAUGUUGUUCUAGGACUGGUUCAACAACCCGAUCGCCGGCAUGAUCGAAGGCAGCGUGGAUUACAACUCGAAGAUCGUCCAACGUCUCCACAAAGUCCUCCGACCAUUCAUCCUCCGCCGACUGAAGUCCGAAGUCGAAAAACAACUGCCCCCCAAAGUCGAGAAAGUCGUCAAGUGCCCGUUGUCGAAACGCCAACGAUAUCUGUACAACGAGUUCAUGAGCUUGCGCACCACCAAAGAAAGCUUGUCCAGCGGGUCGAUGGUGUCGGUGCUGAACAUUGUGAUGCAGCUGAGGAAGUGCUGCAAUCAUCCCAACCUCUUCGAACCCAGAGAGGUGGAAACGCCCCUCUGUCCCGAAAUUGAACGCAUCCGAUUCCCGAGAAUGGUGGUUUUGGAGCAAAAUGGGAUCGAUUUGAGACAGAAGUUGGUGGCAAAUGGAAGUCGAAUUUUGCAGGGAUUGAAAAUUGAAAAGGAAAAAGGUAAUUGGUGUAAAAAGUUGGGCUGAAUUUUGGGAUGGAUGGGAAAAUUUUUGUAAAUGAAACUUUGGGUUACUGUAAAAAAAAGUUUUAAAAAGUUUAGUACGGAAAAUUAGGGGGAGUUUUAGAUUCGGGAAAUUUGAAGCUUUGAGCGCAAAAAAGGCGAUUUUUUUGAAGAAUAUUUUGGGUUACUGUAACCAUAAAUACAGUGGGGGACCUGAUUCAGUGGCAAAGAACGUACCAUUUUGCAUCCGGGAAGCAUCAAAAAUGUGGCAAAAUGCCUCCCUCUCCAAGUGAAAAAACUUCGUUCUGAAAGGCGCGCCCUUUUUCCUCGCAAAGAGAGUGUGCGCUUUUGAAAUCUGAGUUUUUCACUUGGGGAGGGAGGCAUUUUGCCACAUUUUUUGAUGCUUCCUGGAUGCAAAAUGGUACGUUUUUUGCCGCUGGAUCAGGUCCCCCACUGUAUUUUUUUCGGCCAUAUUAAGACUUGGCUUUCAUGGCUUUUUAAAUAGAUGAGAGAUUUUUAGCUCGGGCUUUUCAUGAAAUCAAGACGAGACGCUUUUUGCUCCAAAAAAUGGCUAAAAUUGGGGAUGUUUUUCGGACGAAAAUAUCCUAAUUUUGCAUAAAAAAGGUGUUUUGAGUUCUAAAGAACCUCGAGUUUUUGAAUUCGUAGAGCUUUUAUGUGAUUUGGAGGAACUUUGUUUUUGUUUCAGCCUCUCCUCAGUUCGCGUCAAUCCUCCGCCCCACCCGACCACCAGCCAAACUGAAUAUGGAACGGUUCAAAGAGCGCCUUAAACUUACGGGUUACGCCAAAUUCCUGGUCGAAACUCCAUAUCCCAAAGAAAUAAAACAGCAUAUCACGCCGAUCAAGCAACAAACCCCAGUUUUAAACCAGGAUCUCAUUGAUUUUUUGAGCAUUUUUAAGGAGAACACGGAUCAAGAUGGUCCGAUAAAAAAUGUCCUCAGGGCAUUGCGAAUCUCAAAGGAAGAGUGGAUCCAAGCGGCAGCGUCCAAGUGAGUUGUUUUGGUUUAUUUGGGAGGAUUUUUGAACAAAAAAUUUUAGGUGUGAUUUUUUGGACCCGACUAAAAUUUGGGGAAUUUAAAAUUUUUUUUUUUUUUUUUUUUGAUUUUGAAAAUUGCAAUUUUAGGUUCAAUAUGUAUGUAAUGGAAGUUCUCUGCCGCCCCCUUCACCCUGACGAUCGUUUCUACGGCAAACUAAGGACUUAUUUCGAGCGAUUUCAAGUCAAUUCAUCCUAUAAUUCGAUCACGGAUUUGUACUCGAAAAGAACCAAGCUGGACGACGACAUGCUCAUCAACCGACUGAUGCGCUUCCCCGAGGCCAGACUCAUCGAAUACGACUGCGGGAAGCUGCAAACACUCGCCCGCUUACUCCGCAAUUUGUACGAGGACGGGCACAGAUGCCUGAUCUUCACCCAAAUGUCCAAAAUGCUCGAUAUUCUGCAGGCCUUCCUCGCCCAUCACGGCUACGUCUACUUCCGCUUGGACGGCGCCACGCCGGUCGAGAAGCGACAGGCCCUCAUGGAGCGGUUCAACUCCGACCCCAAGGUUUUUUGCUUCAUUUUGAGCACCCGUGCCGGAGGCGUGGGCAUCAAUUUGAUCGGAGCGGACACUGUGAUCUUCUACGACUCCGAUUGGAACCCCACGAUGGAUGCGCAAGCCCAAGAUCGAUGUCAUAGAGUGGGUUUUUUCGGGGGUUUGAGGGGAAAUUUUUGCAGAGUUUUUGAGUUGAAUGUAACUGGCAACGGUUAUUUUUAUGGGGUUUGUGUGGAUUUUUAGGCAAUUUAAAGACGAAAUUUUUGUAUUUUGGUGAGUUUUAGAGUGAAAUGACUAGAAAAAGAGUGAUUUUUGGAGGUGGGGUCGGAAAAAAUGAUAAGGGGGGACCAAGGUAAAAAAUUUUUUUUUUUUUUUUGAUUUUUUUGGACUUGAUUUUUGAUGAAACGUGGUGAAAGUUUAGAUUAUUAUGUUGUAAGAUUAAUACGACAUUUCUAGUUCGCAAUUUACAGAAACAAUCGAGAUUUUUAGGACGAGAAAUUUCGAAAAGUCAGCUUCUUUUGCUCUUUAUGCCUCAAAAUUUACUGAUAUUUCAUUUUCAGAUUGGACAAACGAAGAGUGUCACGAUUUACCGCCUGAUCUCCUCAAAUACAAUCGAAGAGAACAUAUUGAAAAAGGCCCGCGAAAAGCGAAGACUCGGAGAAAUUACGAUCGAUGAAGGCGGAUUCACCCCGCAGUUUUUCAAAAAAGCCGAUAACAUCCGAGAUCUGUUCUUCGAUGAGGACACAAAUCCAGAAGCAGCAUCUGUCCCGAUUGCUCCCAUCAUGGCGGUGGCUUCGGAGGAAGAUUUGAAACUGGUGGGGAUUUAAAAAUUUGUCGAUAACUUGGGAAAUAACAAGUCGAAAUUGACAAAAUCAGGUUUUUAGGAGCUACAGGGUCUACAUUGUAGAAAAUAUUGACUUUUAUUGAUAAAAUGCCCUCCGGCAAUAUGAUGUGUAUGUGUGUUUUAGGUCUAUAAAAGUGAUGUUUGUUGAUUGCCAGGGGACUUUUUAGCGAUAAAAAGUUAUAUAUCGCAAAAUAGAAGCUUUAGGGAUUUCAAAAAUAUAAUUUUUGUCAAAUUUGGUAUAUUAAUUUACAUGUUAUGAACAGAAAAAAAAAAUAGCUGACUAAAAAGUUUGAACACUGAUUUUGACCUCAUUUUAACCUUCGUUUUAGGCCAUGGAGCGAGCGGAAGACCGACAAGACGUCAUCGCCGCAAAGCGAGCCGAAGCGGAGAUUGUGGCCGAGGAAAUUGAGUUCGAUGACAAGAGCAAUUUCAACUACACGGACCAGUCGAACGAUGAAUUUAUGCAAAUUGUCCGAAUGCUAAGACCCAUUGAACAAUAUGCCGUACAGUUCCUGUCCAAAGAAUAUCGACCGGAGAAUUAUAAGGUAAAAAUUUUUGGAAAGUUUGAAAUUUUUGUGAUUUUAGGUACCUUUACCCAAUGGAGAAGUUCAAAGCGCCGAAAAUUCCAACCCAAUGAUCUUGGAAAGUCAGCCCAGAAAAAAGAAGGUCAAUUUUGUGAAGAAGCCGGUUGGCCCGUCUACAAUUCAGACCAGGAAUCGGUAAGAUAUUUGUAAUUUCCCAGAAAAAGAGGUCAGAAUCUGGUGUGAUAUAAAUAUUGCAUUUUUCUGCAACGCGGAACUGUGAAUUAUUAUGAGAAUCGUUUCAGAAAGACGCGCGCAACUCGGUGA